CUAAAGUGAAUGUGUAUUAAAAAUAGGUUAAGAUUGUAGUAGUUUACAAGAUAGUAGUUUACAUUGAUGAAUAGGAAGCAGGGUACAAGUUAAAAUUUGCGGUGAAAUUGGUGUUAUGUUGAAGAUUACAGAACUUAUUCAAAAAAAUGUUAUCUCAAGGUUUUUAAUAUGUUCAUCACAAGCCGAUUAGUUGUUUGUAAUGGAUGAAAACCAAAUUACAAAAAGGGCGCGAAGAAGUCCAUUAAAUCUUAGUCCCUCUUUAAUUAUUACACGAGAAUAUAUUACUAAUAAUUCUAAAUCUGAUAGCGAAGAUACCGCAGAAACAAGUAAAUUGGACGAGAAAAAUAAUUCACGGUUGCAGACAAACGUGGUGGACAUAACUAUAAGCAGCUCUGAUGAUUCAAGAUUUGAUGGUAAAGAUGUAAGUUUUACACUGAUAUCUGAUUCUCCGGAAAAGUCUGGUACGUGUACAGAUGGUCAUCAAAAAGUUGCCACACGAGAAAAUCAAAAAGACGAAUUUAACUGGGUAGCACCUCAAUUUAAGGACCUUAGUGUGGGUACAUUGAUUAAAGAGAGGUGUGUGUAUCAAGAAGAUAUUAAAGAAAACAAAGAAAGUAAAAGUACUGCUGGUAAUAAAUCCCAAGUAAAACUUGUGAGAAUGUAUAUAGAGGCAUUAUGCAGUAAAACCGGACAAAUUGGAGAACUACUAAGCUUAGACUGUCAUGUACUUAGAGAAAAUGAUGUUGUGUCAGAAUCAGAUUCUUCGGGUUAUGCUGCUGAUGUAUCAAAAACAGUAUCACCUUUAAGUGGGGCUUCAGCUACAUACAUACCCCCUCCAAAAGGAUCUCUUGCAAUGAGAGCUUCACUUAUGUCACAUUCUAGCAGUAGUUCUGUACCUAGUUCAGCUGCUGCUCUAAACGUUCAAAAUUUGUUAAAAAAGUCCACAUCAUCAUACAAUAAGACCAAAGAACCUGUUAGUGACUUGGAAAAGAAAUGGAAAAACUAUCAGUUGGUUUACAGUGUCCUCUCAGCUAUCGAUGAUUCGUUUGUUGAAUCGUCCACUAAUGUAGAAAAGAUGGAUUUAACUGAGAGUUCGAAUCAUAUUCCGCAAAAUUCACAACCUGCUCAUGUACCGCCAAAGAAACGGGGAUCAUUUGUUAUCCAAGGAAAGGAUGAAAAAGAACCCGAAAUUAAAAAAAUUAGACCCAAUACAUUUGAAGAAGAAAGUAUGUUGGUUUUCGCAAAGUGGACUGACCAACGUUACUACGCAGGAUUUAUUAAAGGUCAGUCAGAAAAUAAAUGGACUGUAGAAUUCCUUGAUGGUAAUUUUCGAAACGUUUCCGACGAACAAAUAAUUUUUGCCGACGUCCAUAGUCUGAUAGGAUAUAAAGUGAUGGUUUUGGAGGAAUCUGGGAAUGUGAAGUGUCCUGGUAUUGUGACUGCAUUCCAUUCAGAAGAAGAACCAAUGUACACGGUUGCGACCGAUAGGGGCGACUUUACAGUGUCAGCAAGUAAUAUCUAUUUGACCAAACACCAAGCUAAAUUAGUUAAAAAUAAUAUAGAAUAUUUAGAAAAUAGCACUGCUUCGUCAUCUUCUCAGACAUCUUCCGUGUCACUUAGAAAUUGUAGAUCACGAAAUAAUACAUAUAGUCCUAAGCCGGGUAGUUCUGGGACCCAAAAAACACUUUUGGCGAAAGCUUUCGAGAUGAAAAUGCACGCCAAAAGUGCCAGCGAACUCAGUACAACCACCGACGAAGAUGUUUCAGAAAAUACGUCAAAUGGCGAAUUAAAAUUGGUACCCGGUUGUGAUAUGGAGUUACGAUACCAAAGGGUUAAUAACCCCUCUAUAAAACUGAAAAGAUGUUUUGGGCAAUUAAGUAAGUCAUCUUCAGAAAAAGAAGUUUCGACUUUGGGACCUUUGGACGUAAAGGGGACCUGGUUCAAAGGUUUUGGUUUUUUAUUGACAUGCGGGAGUAGACCCUUGUUUGAUGCAACAGGAGAAGAAGAUGUUGGCACUGAUAACGAAGAUUAUGCUUUCAGUAAGGUUCCAUAUGUAGAGGACCAUUUGGCAACUCAAAUAAAAAACGGAGGCGGUAUUAUUUAUUCUAAAUUUGAAGAUGUACCACCUAAGAAGUACAAAGUAACAUACCUUGUAAGUUGGCGGCCUGCUCUUACACCUAAGUACAUUAGAGGGCUGGCUGUGGGAAUGAGAACCGUUUGCCAUGAGUGGAUUGUUAAUUGUAGUAUUAAAAAGAAACGAUUGACCUUACAAGAGCUACCCGCAGGUUGGUCUGUUGAAGACCAUCGUUUUAUUGAGAGUUUUGAAAGGAAAACUGAUAAACCAUUUCGAUCACUUCAUUUCAAAAUUGCUCAGCUUACAAGUAAAUUAUUUUACGACUUUUGGUCAAAGGUAUGUGCUGAUGCAGGAGCUGUGGUGUCUGAGUUUAAAGGACAGUGUGACGGUACGGACGUAAUUUUAGUAGAGAGCGGUUUAACGGAUCCAAGUUUGGAUGCAGCACAAGCAAAAGGUAUUGCUUUAGUUUCUACAACAUGGGUCGUUCAAUCUAUAAUUUAUGGAGAAGCUCGAUCUUAUGAUAGGCAUCCGUCAUACAAUCAUUUGUAUGAUGAUGGCGAGGAUUUAUUUUAUUACGAUAUAUAGGGACGCUAAUCUCUCUCUCUCUCUCUCUCUCUUUCUCUCUUUCUCUCUUUCUCUGUUUUUACGGCGGAUUAGAUGUUAACAUUAAUUUUGUCCAAGUUUAGGGAACUUUUUAUUUUAAAUGAACUGUGAUAUCUGAUUUUGAAGUUAAAAUAAGUCAGUAAUUUAAUUCCAAUAUCCCCGAAUAACAGUGCAGUAUCAAUUUAUUAAAUUUAAAAAUGUUAAUAUUUGUAAAGUUGAAUAAAAAGUGUUAUUCUUUA